AUAGGGCGAAGUGUUGAGCGGUGAUCUAUGACGAUCCAUUGGUUUAGCCUGCAGAUCAGUUUUUGGACAGUGAAGACCGAUUGUUUAGAGACGUGGAGCACGUAACACCGCCACGCUUUAAUGGACGACUGUCAUAUGACGUGUCUCCACCUAAAUAAAGGUGAAGCGUAUUUUAAACAACAACUCCAGCUGCCUUCAUUUUAAUCUUUAACAUCGCAACAAUGUCACGAUUCUCAAACAAGGAAAUGACAGUUUACGAGGAGCAGUGAAUGCAGCAGAAGGGGCUCAAGCACACAGUAGGGACCGUUGCCUUACUUUGUGGCUGCUUCGUGGUCGUGCUGUUUUGUCAGAAGAAGUGACACACUGCUGUUGUAGUCAAACGCUGACUGCACUCCGAUGUUUUUGUAGUCGUGUAUUUUGACAAAAUUGGACCAACGUGGAAACAGACAGAAGGUGUUGACAGCUGUAUGGGACAGAACAGUUGUGUUAAAGUUCUCAGGGUGCCAGAAUGACAUCCCCUGUCCGUGUCAUCGUGGUGGGAGCUGGAAGUCGAGGGGAGAUUUACUCCAGUUUUGCCUCCAUUCACCCUGAACGACUUAAGGUUGUUGGAGUAGCUGAUCCGAGGAAAUUUGCUCGCACUAAACUUCAACGGCAACACAAAAUUGCAGAUGAAAACAUAUUUGAAGACUGGCACAGUAUAGUGGAAAGAGAAAAGUUUGCAGAUGCGGUGUUAAUUUGUACUCCAGACCGCCUUCAUAAGGAACCCAUGGUGGCCUUUGCAAAGAAGGGCUACCAUGUUCUGCUGGAGAAACCAAUGGCAACAACUGCAGAAGACUGCACAGCGAUUGUGGAGGCUUGCAGUCAGAGUGGCGUGAUGCUAUCGGUGGGUCACGUUCUCCGGUAUGAUCCCGUCAUCCACAAGAUAAAGGAGCUAAUAGAUGCUGGAGUCAUAGGGGAUGUGAUGCACAUUCAGCACCUUGAGCCGGUCGGGUUUUAUCACUUUGCUCACUCAUUUGUCCGGGGGAACUGGAGGAAUGAAGCAGAGAGCUCUUUUGCUCUUUUGGCUAAAUCGUGCCAUGACAUUGACCUAAUACAUCACUGGGCAGGAGCACGCAGUUGUGUGAAAGUGUCAUCAUUUGGAUCUGUCAGCCACUUUGGAAAAGAAAACAAGCCAUCGGGUGCUGGAAAUCGCUGCCUGGAUUGUUCAAUAGAAGGAGACUGUCCAUACUCGGCACGAAAAAUCUACCUGGAUAGAGUGAAACAGGGUCACACUGGAUGGCCUGUAUCAGUCAUAUGUCCGAGCUCGUUCCCAGACAUGGAGUCAGUAACUGAGGCCCUGAGGACUGGGCCGUAUGGCCGCUGUGUCUACGAGUGUGACAAUAAUGUCUGCAGUAACCAGGUUGUAAACAUGGAGUUUGAAGGGGGUCUGACCGCAGCCUUUUCCAUGGUGGCGUUCACUGAGGAGAUUUGCAAGCGCAAAACAACCAUCUAUGGCAGCAGGGGGGAGCUGUCAUGUGACGGCCAUGAGGUACGCGUGUUUGACUUUCUGACCCAAAGAUCCACAAAGCACACGGCAAAAAGUGGCGCCCCCAGGGACUUCGUGUCCAUGAGUGGACAUGGCGAAGCAGACUACCACCUUAUGGAUGCCUUUGUUUCUGCUGUGGCAAACAAUGAUCCAUCCCUGAUCCGCUCGGGUCCUGAGGAGACGCUGCUGAGCCAUUUGCUGGUGUUUGAAGCUGAGCGUUCACGUCUGGAGAGCAGGGUGGUGUACUGUGGUGACAUUGGCCAGAGAUAGACGACUGAAAAACACUUUGACAUGAAACUGAUCUCAUCUUAAAAAUCAAACUCUAUAAUGAAGCUCAGCGACUCUUUAUACUCGCCGUGUCUCUUGCUUAUACUCAGCUCAGCAGACAAUGGGCGUUCACUCUUUAAGUUAAACAAAUCAACUGAACUAAUGGCCAAAUCGUGUACGAGUGUAAUGGCUGAUUUUAAUACUGUUUGUGUGAGUGAAUGAGUGAACCUGUUAAGUCUUUUAAUUAUCAGUACUAUGCCAAAAAACUUGGUUGUUUGUUUCUCAUCAUGUCACAUUGUUAGAUUUUUUUGAUUACGUAGUGUUCAUGUAUUCUUAUACUUUCUAGAAACAACUUGGAAGUCUGUGCAAUAGAAAUUGUCUUUGAAUCAUCGUUUCCUCUAAAUGUCAUCAUCCACACAAUAUGACCUUUCCCGCCUGUGUCAGUGUGCACAAUAUAUAUCGGGAUAUUAAUGAAUGCUGACCUAUUUGUCGCCAGUUUAUCUUUCAUUCUGAACAGCUUGUUGAAAUGCUCUGGGCUUAAAUGUAAAAACUACCUCUGAGAAAAGGACAAAAAACAUUAUAUGAUACAAUAAAAUAAUACAUUUAUUGAAUUCAUAAGUACUACUGACUGAAGAAAUUCACAUUAAUAUACAUAAAUAUGCCACUAACUCUCAUACUUCUUUUAAAUCAAGCAGGUUUAUUCCCUGUUAAAUAACUGAUAUAUUGGAGCUUCACGUCAUAUUAUGUCCAUUUAAACAGCAUACAUUAUAAUAUAGCUUUUAGAGAAUAUAAAAGCUCAGCAGAGUUGUUUCCACUGGCUCAGCGUGCAGUAUCUUAAGGCAGCUGCAAGGAGCAGCAUCGACUGUAAACAUCAGUCAGUCCGUCGUCUUCUUCUUCCUCUGAAUCUGAAGGAUAGAAAAGUAAAAACCAAAUCAACAUAUAAGAAAACUAAUGAAAUAAGCUACUGGAUAAGAGCUUGUAUUUUUACAUAGACAUAGAAGAGUAACAUUAUGAUAAUAAUAAUCUACACGCGAGUCUACAAAUCUUGAAUUGUAACAUUUGGAAGAAAUGGAGAAAUAUUUUCAGUUUUACUCACCCUCUUAUUGAUCAGUGUCGAGAUCAUCUCUCCUCACUGGCUCCUUCACCUCCAGCAGCACUGACUCCACCACGUUGGGGUUGCUGCUGAGAUUAUAAAUUCAUAUGUGCUGUUUUUUUUAAAGCGGACAUCAAAGCUAACAAGAGGUUGAUAUCUGAUUAUGGUAUUGCUAUUUGUCUGCCUGUGACUGAUUAUUCUAUAUCAUUGGUCUUUCAGCUUGAUGUCUGAUACCUGCACACUCAUCAAGAUAAAAACAACACCUACACAGGUGCAGGGGUCGCAGCAGCAGUGGUGAGGUUGACAGCUUGGGGGGUCUUUCCCAGGAGCUGUCCAGCAACGGUACUGAGACUGUCAAUGUCCUGGAGGUGAAAUGUUAGCAACAGGCAUUUCCAUCAGUUUCUAGACUCCCAUGUUCCAUGUUACAUUUCUUUUCACAAAUUUGACUUUGCCAAAAGACCCCCCAUGGCCUUUAACAUUUCAGAAAUCUACAGCAGAGCACGGCAGUGUGGGAAUAUGUAAGUGACAGUUACAAAGGAUAAAUGGAUGGGCAAAAAAAUUAUAUUAAUAAUACAUUUAAUUUAUAUAGCACUUUUCUAGAUGCACAACAGAACAUAAGAGCUGGAUUAUAGCUGGAUGAAAGCUCUCAAUACACAGAGGCCAGAAACUUCAUCAAGUUUCGAUUGACUGUUGUGACAGUAUCACGACUCUCUCCUGACAAGGGGCUUCAUGUCCACUUACCCACUUGCUAUUAAGAGUUUCCUUGAAAUGAAGAAAGGCCUGCACGGACUCUGUUCUCCACCUUUCCCCAGAACUCAAUUAUGUUUUUAUCCUGGACUCCAUCACAGGAGCCCAACUGGUCAAAGAUCACAGAGCUGUCACCGCUGAUCUGAAGCAAUGAUUCAACACCGAGUAAAAGUAGAUUUAAUAAAAAGUACAAUAUUUCUACAAGACAUGUUAUAAUCUAUUAACUGUACUUACUGCCCAUUUAUUUAGCUUUUUCCCCACUGUUUGAACAUCCUUUCACCACACAAUGUCGGUGUCCAAAUCCCAUAACUAGAAGAGCGAUGAUUACACACUAAAAACUAGCUAAAU